AUGUGCUGCUGCUGCUGUGGAGAUGACUGUGAAUGCAGGCCUCUUGCCUUUCUGUUAGCCCUUCCUUUUGCCUUCGUCUCCCUCAUCCUUUCCAUAAUUGGCAUCAUUAUAUGGAUUCCUGGCUUGUUGCUGAGUUGCAUAUGCCCAUGCUGCUUCUGCGUGACAAUCGUUGUGGAGUUCGCGCUAGGGUUGAUCAAGGCGCCAUUUCUUGUGAUGGAGUGGUUUAUCUCCAAGAUUCCUUGUUAG